CUUUGAAUUGACAAAUGGAUUUAUUGACUAAUUGUCGUAGCUCCAUACGGUUGGAAAUGAUGUAGAUCUAAGAAGGCUUUGUGCUUCUGAUCAGUAAUUAGGAACGCAAAACAGUGUUUUGUAGCAUCUUUGAGCGGUUAAAUUAAGUUUUUUUUCUCUCCUUUUCUCUUUCUUUCCGUUCCAUUUGGUAGCAUUAUUGGGUACAACUUAAAGGCUGUUCUGAGGUCAGCUUCAUAAACAGAAGUGGGAGGGGUUUUUUUCUUCUUCAUUGAACACAAGAGACUAGCCAGAUUAGCAUAUUAAUAGUUUGUAGCUCCUCCUGCUUCUCCUGCAGCCCUCUCUCACUCUCUUGAUCUCUCUCAUUCCCCACUCAACUUUCUUUCAGUUUGUGCUGCUCUGUCCUCUUUUUCCUCUCAUUCAUCCCGAAACAAUCGCUGCACUUCUCUCUCUGGUUCUCUCUCUCUCUCUCUAUGUCCCUGUUUCCUUUGUUUUUCUGGCUCACUCUUUGCUCUCACUUACUUUAUUCUCCAAGAGAAGAAGAAAACUUUCUGUUUGUGUAGCACUGAACACAGUAAUUGUCUCUCCUUCUCUGUGACCGCUAACUGACUGAACCUCCACUGGAUCAGCACUGUAAAAGUUGGAUUUUGGCUGUGAACUUUUUGCCUUCACUGGGACUCCUCUGAGUGCAAAUCCUCUCCUGAGCGACGGUCGCUUGGCUCUUCCACGGCAACUGUGUAACUAUGGAGUGCAGGCAUGGGGCAGAAAUUGGGCAAAAAACAAACAGUGUGUUGGCAGCAGAGAGAGGCCAUUGAGAAGUGAAAAGACGAAACUAACUUCGCCUCUCUGGGGAUCUCUUCGUGACUUAUGGAUAACAGGAAAAGAUUAUGAAGAAAGGAUUUAACAAAGGAGAAAACUCGAAAAAGGAUGGGAUUUUUUUGCAUCUUCGCUGUUGAUGUGUUUUCUGUGGCGUCUUCACACUGUAAACAAAGGAUCAACAGACCAGAAAAUUGGCCUUCUUGGGGAUUACCGCUGUCACCCUUCUGGAAGUAACUGUUGGCUUAACGAAGCUGUUGACAAAAGUUGGAGACAAAGAUUUCUGCCUCAGAGACUUAGUGCCUUGUGUGUGCCUUAGCGUCCUUGCACCAGUGUCAGGACCUUGGUGUGUGUGUUUAUGUGACUUCUGCAAACAAGUACUACAGUGUGUGUGUGUGUGUGUGUGUGUGUGUGUGUGAUGCGUGGUUGUGAGACGGCUAGCUGUCUAUCUGUCCUCGGCGGAGGCAGACACAGGGAGGGACAGACAUGUGUUUCCAUGGCGAUGAGCGGCUGUAGCCCCUUCCCCAUGUGUUGGGACAGAGAAUAUGACAGACACCUAGCAGCAGCAGUGUCAGCAGGGAAAAACAUGGCGACGGCCUACCUGGACCCCAACCUGAACCAUGCCCUCCUGGGAGGCGCCAAGUCACGGCUGAGCGCGGGGGGGUCGGACCGAACCAUGGCCGGCUCGGUUGACAGGGUUCUGAAAGUCUUCCAUCACUUUGAGACCAACACUGAAAGCAGCUGCUGGUCCUCCAAUAUCAGAUACGGAGAUGCAACCGAUGUCAGGGGAAUCAUCCAGAAGAUUCUGGACAUCCACAAAGUACGCUGGACGUCUUGUUUUGGUCUGCGUCUCAGCAACGGCCUAUCGAGAGACCAGGUGCACUGGCUCCAUCCAGACAUGGGCGUUUCCCACGUCAGAGAAAAAUAUGAACAGGCACGGCCGAACGAGGAGUGGAGGUAUGAGUUAAGGAUCCGGUAUCUUCCAAAGGGCUUCGUGCAGCAGUUUACAGAAGACAAACCUACACUCAACUACUUCUACCACCAGGUGAAGAAUGACUACAUGACAGAGACCGGAGAUCAGGUGGAGCAAGACAUAGCUCUCAAACUGGGAUGUCUAGAAAUCAGGAGGUUCUUCAAAGAGAUGAGAGGAAACGCCCUGGACAAGAAAUCCAACUAUGAACUACUGGAGAAAGAUGUUGGCUUAAGGCGUUUUUUCCCAAAAGACCUGUUGGAUUCAGUCAAGGCGAAAACUCUUCGUAAGUUGAUUCAGCAGACGUUCAAACAGGUCGCCAAUCUCAACGACGAGCAGUGCAUCCUGAAGUUCUUGGAGAUACUCGCGCCAAUCUACCGCUAUGACAAGGAGUGCUUCAAAUGUGCCCUCGGGUCCAGCUGGGUGAUCCAGGUCGAGUUAGCUAUCGGGCCAGAAGAAGGGAUCAGCUACCUCACUGACAAGGGAUCGACGCCAACCCAUCUAGCUAACUUCAACCAAGUUCAGUCCAUCCAGUACUCGGCUAUGGAGGAGAAGGACAGGAAAGGGAUGCUACAGCUUAACGUAGCCGGAGCUCCUGAGCCUCUCACAGUUACAACAGCAUCGCUGACCAUGGCGGAGAACUUGGCUGACUUGAUUGACGGCUACUGUCGGCUCGUCUCCAUGGAAACUCAUUCCUUUAUCGUUAGAGUUCAGAAAGAGGGAGAGAGAGCGCUGCCUUCCAUCCCAAAAGUGUCUAAUAAUGAGAAAAAGCUAGAAGCAGUCAGGAGUGGAGUAAGAGCCAUCUCUGUCUCUGAAGAUCUUAGCGGGGAUGAGACUGAUGACUAUGCCGAGAUAGUUGAUGAAGAGGACACAUACACCAUGCCCUCCAUGAGCUAUGGAGUAGUUGAAGCACGGGAUUAUGAGAUCCAGAGGGACAGGAUAGAGUUAGGCCGCUGCAUAGGAGAGGGCCAGUUUGGAGAUGUACACCAAGGAGUCUACAACAGCCCGGAUAAACCGGGUCUACACGUCGCCAUUAAGACCUGCAAGAACUGUACGUCAGACAGCGUCAGAGAAAAGUUCCUACAAGAAGCCUUGACGAUGCGUCAGUUCGACCACCCUCACAUCGUCAAGCUCAUCGGAGUGAUCACAGAAAACCCCGUGUGGAUCAUCAUGGAGCUCUGUACACUCGGAGAGUUGCGUUCGUUCCUUCAGGUCAGGAAGUACAAUUUGGAUUUGGCCACGCUCAUUCUGUUCGCCUACCAGCUCAGCACGGCACUGGCUUAUCUGGAGAGCAAACGCUUUGUACACAGGGACAUCGCAGCUCGCAAUGUGUUGGUCUCCUCAGUCGACUGCGUGAUGCUCGGAGACUUUGGUCUGUCGCGAUACAUGGAGGACAGCUCAUACUACAAAGCUUCUAAAGGUAAACUUCCUAUCAAAUGGAUGGCUCCUGAAUCAAUCAACUUCAGGAGGUUCACCUCUGCCAGUGACGUCUGGAUGUUUGGCGUGUGUAUGUGGGAGAUCUUGAUGUACGGCAUCAAGCCUUUCCAGGGCGUAAAGAACAAUGACGUGAUCGGCAGGAUAGAGAACGGUGAGCGCUUGGCUAUGCCUCCACAGUGCCCGCCCACCCUCUACAGUUUGAUGACCAAGUGUUGGUCGUAUGACCCCAGCAAGCGACCGCGAUUCACCGAGCUCAAAACACAGCUCAGCACCAUACUGGAGGAAGAGAAGCUGCAACAAGAGGAGAGACUUCGAAUCGAGAUGAGGAGACAAGUCACCGUGUCCUGGGACUCUGGAGGGUCUGACGAAGCCCCGCCCAAACCCAGUAGACCAGGUUACCCCAGUCCUUGUAUUAGCGAAGGCUUCUUCUCCAGCCACCAACUCAACCACUUCCCGCUGUCAGCCCAGGGUGGUGUGGGAGGCAGUUACCCUCCUACUGAUGCUUGGAAUCAACACAGAACCGAACACACCGCACUAUGGAGCCCAAACAUGGAGGAAAGUGGCCAUGCUAUGAUGGAGGAGAGGCUGAUGAUGCAGCAGCAACAGAUGGAGGAUGACCAGCGGUGGCUGGAGCAGGAGGAGAGCUUCAUGAAAACAGAGUCAAGAAACAGCAGAGGAAGCAUCGACCGAGAGGACGGCACACUACAAGCACCGGGAGGAAGCCAACAUAUCUACCAGCCUAUUGGGAAACCAGAACAUGUGGCUCCUCCCAAGAAACCCCCCCGCCCUGGAGCUCCUGGUCACCUAAGCAACUUGGCCAGUCUUGGCCCUGUGGACAGCUACAACGAGGGGGUCAAGCCGUGGAGGCUGCAGCCUCAGGAGAUCAGCCCCCCGCCCACCGCCAACUUGGACCGUUCAAACGACAAAGUGUACGAGAAUGUGACCGGAUUGGUUAAAGCUGUGAUCGAGAUGUCCAAUAGGAUUCAGCCUGCAGCCCCAGAGGAGUAUGUCCCCAUGGUCAAGGAGGUUGGUUUGGCGCUCAGGACCCUGCUGGCGACAGUGGAUGAGACGCUUCCUGUGCUACCAGCCAGCACGCACAGAGAGAUUGAGAUGGCCCAGAAGUUGUUGAACUCAGAUCUGGCUGAGUUGAUAUCGAAGAUGAAACUGGCUCAACAGUACGUCAUGACAAGUUUACAGAAGGACUACAAGAAACACAUGCUAAUGGCAGCUCACGCCCUCGCAGUCGACGCCAAGAACCUGCUGGAUGUCAUCGACCAAUCACGGCUCAAGAUGAUCAGGAUUUAAAUCAAGUCAGAGGGGGCGGGGCCAGGAGUUAAAGUGCAGUAGCUCCUAGCCGGUCACAAAGAGAAUGAACAUUUGGAUGGAUUUCAAGUGACGGAUGGACAGAUUAAAAAAAACAAACAAAAAAAAGCAAACAAAAAAAUCAACUGAUGGACAGCAGACGUGACUGAAACAAUCAGCUCCCUCAUCGCCCUCCAACAUUCAUUUCCUUAUUCUCUCUCUGGCGACCGUCAUGUUCUGGUCAAUAUUGUGUUUUGUACUUUUGUCGCAUUAUUUGCUUUUGUAUCCAGAGAAAACUCUUCUUCUCCCUUGUCACAUACCCUCAAAGAAUCCGUGACUUCUUUAUUAUCUUUAAGGUGAAUCGAACAAAGGUUUAGGAGGCUCGUUUGAAGGACUGCAGACGUGUAUUUGUGAAUGGAAGCACCAGAAUCUACCGCAUAAACACAACCAGCACUCUCCACACACAGGACGUAACAACUGGAACUGAAGAGCCAGGAUGAGGAGGAUCAUGAAGAUGCGUUGUUGUUUAAACAUGCUUUUAUAUCAUUAUUAAUUAUUAUUAUUAUUAUUAUUACAAUUUCCAGCCUUGACUCUUACAGUACGUCUCAGUUUCUCAGUCUUCCUCUUGCAGCUUGUACGGACAAAAAAUAUUGAUUUCACAGCUCAUCAUAAGUGUCAUAUUUUUAGCUCUUUUUCUUCUUCUUCUCUCUAGAUCUCUCUUUAUCUCAGGCAUCAAGAAAUGGCAUGAAAAAUGAAAUAUGAUGGCUGAAUUUUUGAAGAACAAACUAAAUGUCACAGGCCACUUUUUUUUUAAGUUAACUUACAUAGUGAAUAUACAAAGAAGCUAUAUUUUUAACACGUUUGCGAGGCAUGAAUUGUUAGUGAAUAAGGGAGAGGGAUGAACGGGAGGGGGGAGUGAAGGGAGAGAGGGGUGAGCGGUGGCGGGAGGUAGUUUUCUUUUGAGUCGCAGUGGAGGUGCCGCUGAGCCUGCGCCAAUUGACCUGCAAUUGACUGAAAAAGAACAUUUCGCUCAAAAAUGCUGUGAUUUUGGUUGACUCAACGAUUUAAAGAACAUUUUUUGCCAGCUACUCAUCUGAAAUUUCUGCAUUAUUUCAAUUGUACUUCACACUGUUCUACUGCAUCAUCAUUUCCUCUCAAUCAGUCCUCCUGUUUUUCCUUCCCUGCCUUUCUACCUCCCUCACUGGAGUUAUUUAUUCCCUCUCUUUUCUCCUCCUUCAGCCCCUUCGCCCCCACACUUCUCCUCUCUCUCCCUGCGUCACCACCCCUCCCCUCAGCCUCCUCUCCACCCUCUCCGAUUCCCUCUCCAUUCCACUGUUCCCUCUCCCCCUGAGGUGAGCAGUAUUCUCAGGAAGGAGUCACAUGUACAGUUGCUAAACCAAGCAAAUAAAACACUGUUAUCAUUUAAACAAAGCA